AUGAUGGACGGAAUGCUGACCCAAAGAGUAACACCACUAUUAAAAUGUGUCGUGCUGUUUCUGUUCAUAUUCACGGCGAAAGUAUUAACAUCACGGCCUCAAGAAUCUCAAGACUCUAAAAACAAUAUACAUCAUUUAAAGCCGGCACACUAUGUAAGGACAUUCACCAAAUAUCACCACAGAAGGACCAUACAAUGGAACAAUUUACAAGAUUUAUCUGAAUACUGGCCAACACAAGAUCAUCCCAAAGCUAUAGGUAAAAGAAGUGUUGAUAUUCCAGAUACAAACGAUUUUGUGAGCCGGUCUAGUGCUUCAGAUCAGCUAGCUUUGGACUCUAGAAAUAACUUUGUUGGUUCAUUUGACAAGAAUGCAAUAAGUUCUGGUAAAGAAGAUCUUGGUACCCAGAAUGCAUUAACAAAUGAAGUGAAACAGUACAAAGUAAAGGCAGCUAUAAUAGUAACCGACGCUCCUACCACAACUGGUCCAACAAUAUCAUGUGUUUAUAAGAUACACCGUGUAGCUAUGAGUGCAACUCCACCUUAUGAAGACGAAAGAAAUGCUCAAUUAAUGGUUGAAACUGAAAUAUUUGAUACUGGUUCUCUCUCUGAAACAACGCUACCAAAUGGUGAAGUAGUUCAGGUGGAACAGUGUACAGACCCUCGAGCAUAUUGUUACACUUUGUGGCAUCAAGACAAGGAAGGCAAUAUUACAGUAUUGGGUCAAGGUUGUUGGCGUUCAUCUCAAUCAAAUGGUCAUAAUAGCUGUGACAAAUGUACGCGGGUAACUCCACGACUACCUGGGAGCAAGUUCUGUUGUUGUACCAAGAGUUUCUGCAAUGCCGAUUUUACUUCCAUCAAAGAAGAAACUGUUACUAUAAAAGCCAAGUCUACAGUGAGCGAUUCCUCUCAGCGUCCAAAAUACCCAAGCAUCAUAGCUUCUGGCAUAUUAGCAUUGGUCUCUGUGCUUGUCAUAGCAAUCAUGUGCAGGAACAUGUACUGCAGGAAGAUGGCGCUUGCAAAGGAUGAUCUGAGCGAUGUCGCUGAUGUUGAAAAAGGGGAUAUCAUGGGAACUGGACCUGACGCGCUGGCAAGCGGGUUGUUAUGUGUCGAUAAUAUUACACUUAUUGAGCAUAUAGGACAAGGAAAGUUCGGGUCAGUGUGGAGAGGAACGUUGGGCGCCACUCCAGUAGCAGUAAAGCUGUACAACAACGCCACCGCAUGGCAAAAGGAAGCUGCGGUAUAUGGGCUACCACAUCUUGCACAUCCAAACCUACUGCGAUAUUAUGGCAGUGAGGCGCGCGCGCCGCUGACGGGAGGUGGUACGGGUGGCGCGGGGUGCGCUGCACGCGAGCGUCUGCUGGUGCUGGAGCUGUGCGCAGGCUCGCUGCGCGCGCGGUUGGAGCGCGCGCCGCUCACGUGGCUAGAGUUCGCUACGCUCGCGCACGGCCUGGCCGCCGCGCUUGCGCACCUGCACACCGCCACGGGUAAUAAGCCGUGUGUGGUGCACCGUGACGUGAACAGCAACAACGUCUUGAUUGCGGCCGAUGGACGAGCCCGCCUCGCCGACCUGGGCUUGGCGCAACCCUUGACGCCGCGCCGUGACCGGACCACGCCCAGCAGGAUCACAGAGGCGGGAACUCUGCGAUAUCUGUCCCCUGAAGCACUAGAGGGCGCGUUGGACUUGAGCGGAGCACGUGCAGCGCUGUGUGCAGUGGACGUGUUUGCGUUGGCGCUGGUGCUGUGGGAGAUGCUGUGGCGCUGUGCCGGCGCGCACCCGUGCCGCACGCCGCCCUACGCGCUGCCCUACCAUCACCUGGGUCUGCCGCCGCAGCCCACGCUGGCGCAGAUGCAGAGUCUAGUCUCCCGUAACAAGGCAAGACCACCACUUCCCAAAGGACCCGUACCUGAAGUCCGCGCACUAAAGAUCGCUACCGACACAUGUGACGAGUGCUGGGAUCAUGAUGCUGAAGCAAGGUUGACAGCAGUGUGUGUUGAAGAACGAAUGGCUGAACUCAAAAUGAUGUUGCUCGUGCAAGGACCCGUCAUACAUGAUAAUAAUCUACACCCGCACCCACCAGAUGUGAACGCGCCGUCGCCGCCGGAAAUAGACAAGAACUCUAAUUGCACGGCAACUCAACAAAAUGGCGAUGUCAGUACUCCCCUACUUUACCCUCAGCCACAUAUCGGACGGAAUGCGUGCAUCGAACGUAACACGCACACAAACACACACACGCACACAGUCGAGCUUAUACAUAAGAGCCUUAAAGAUAUAAACACAAGUGAAGGGCCCAGAGUUCAAAAUAUAGAAGAGAAUUGUUUGUCCGUAGCGAGAAUAAGUCAUAGCCGCCUUUUAGCUCAGGAAAACUCCGAUAGAUUCAAUGAAAUACGUUCAUACCAGAGACCUUUGGAAUAUGUACCCAAUGACGUCAGCUCUCAUGAUGUAGACAGAGGUCCCAAAGAAACAAAUCUGUUACAUGACAUGAAAACCGAAAAGCCAAAAUGGGGGAUACGUAAGUUUUUCGAGAGAAAGCUCGGUAGAACACCAAAACCACUUGAAACGGAAGUAAAAUUGAUCGCCGAAGGCUCAGCUAACAGGUCAUUGCAGAAUGGAAGAACCAGGACGUCUCUAAUCGACAAACCUUGUAACAUAACCUUUGAUAGACCAACCAAUCUAGUUCUAAGUCAAGGUAGCUCAUACAACUUUGAAGGACCAUGUACCUUAUCCCCACCUAAUAGAACAUUGUCACCGACUAUGAUGAUGGAAUCGGAAAACCGUUCCGAUAAAGUGUUCAAAGAGUUGCCAACGAGAGACGAAAAAGAUUGCAGAAAUCAAAUAUUCGCAGUUAUAGUCCCAAAAGCGAAGCCAUCUGACUUCGCGAACCGAAGCAAGACGUCACGAGGCAGUUCUGAAAGUUUGAACAAACAUUCGAUUCAUACUUCAAUGUCUUCUCAGAGCAACUUUAAGGCUGGACAAUCAGAAUCUGAAGAUUCUAUGGCGAAGAAACGACUUAGUUGUGACAAUAGAAUAAUUUCUAAUUCCUCUAACAGUGGGAGAUCUUCCAGAGCUAGUAUAAACCUGGAACUUCAGUACAUAGACACAAAUGAUAUUGAACAACACGAGAGUCCCUUCGAUAUGAAUUCUGACUGUUCGAGCAGCGAAGAUGAACACCUAAUGUUGCUAUCUGAGAACGGAGGCUCAAAAAUAACUAUGCAAACCAUUCCGAAACUGGAAAGUGACAAGAAACGCCUUCAAAAUGAAGUGCUUAAGGAGGCAAGUCAAACGAAAAGUGAUUUUGGCUUCAACAAAUACAAUAAGUAUGCGAACUUCGACAACGAAUUUAGUGAUCCAAACGACAAGGAAAACGCUGUGAACGGAUAUAGCGGCGAUAAUCCCGUUUAUCUGGCGGCUCUGAACGGAGAAAUCGACACGAACGAUUUGAAAUUCUUAGCGCCUGCUCCCGACGAAGCCGAGCGUUGUCCAAAAUCGCCUAAGCCACCUUUAAAAUCUUUGUCGAUAAAGAGACAGCAUUCUUUGGAGCAUGUCAGCGAAAUAUUUUCCUCUUCCGGUAGUGUUAACUUGCAAAACCCUGCUGGCCGGGUCAAAACACCAGGGGACUUACCAGUAGCAGUAAGAAGGGCUCGAAGGGAUAGGGCUCUCCAAAAGGGCAGAGCGAGCGAAAGCAACAGAUUGAGUCUUUAUGACGACAGAAUGAUGUUCGGCAAUAGCUUGUAA